AUGGCAAAAAUAGUCAUUCUCCUAUCAAACUGCAAGCGCCUGAGAACAUCAAGUAUCCAGGAAGAUGCAAAGGCAGCUGUGGUAUUUCAGUUUCUUAAGGCUUUCUUCCUUUACUAUAUUUGGUUAUUAGAGUGUAUUUACUGCUUAACUAGUGUUGGUGUUACAAUUAUGACAUCAAGUCAUAAAUCAGCUUUAGGACUUCCUACUAAAUUAGCUCCAUAUCGAUCUGACACAGUUUACCCGGCAAUGAUAGCUACUACGCUAUCCCAAUAUGAAUAUGUUCUUAUAUGUGAUAAAUCCAACAUCCGAGUGUCUGGAUCACCACAUUAUCCCCACCCAGGUAUUAACUAA